CUUUAAAUUAUUCUUCUUCUUUUCUAUUUUCAACAUGUUAUCAGAGCUAUAAGCUCUUAAUUCUUCUCUUUUAUCAUCGUUGUUUGGUUUUUUGAGUUGAAAUUUCAAAUCCAUUCUAGAUCCGAAACUCUAUCAUUGGGAUCUCUUCUUCUAUAGAUUGGAUUGUUUAUUCUCAAUUUUUGGGCUUUUUUUUAGGGUACAUUAACACAACAAUCUUGUCCUUACACUUCUUGAUAGAAUGGGCAAGCUGAAUGCAAACACAAACUUCAAAGUGUCAUCCUUUCUUCAACCUCCAUUUUUUACUAAUCCUUCUGUUGAGCUAUUUCCUAGUGAUUCUAAUGUAGGUACAUCUAAUGAGCUCUACAAUGCCUCACCACAUGCUCUAACUAGUUCUACAGAAGAUGAUCUACUUACUGGUAAUGCAUUAGAUAAUUCUGAGCCUUCCUCUACUUCCUCAUAUGUAUCACCUGUUAAUGUUGCAUUUGAUAUUGUUGAGUUUGCAAAUGAGCUUGUUGUCUCAUCCUCAAGUCAUCCUAAUUGGGUCACGGCGAAUUUUUUUAGCAUCCGAGACCAGCUUCUCUUAGUUGAUUCUGAUGGAAAACCCAUCUUCACUCCCCAACGCCGAAUAUUGUCCAUGCAUGAUAGAUGGGAAACAUAUAAGGGAGAAAGCACGGAGGAUGCUGAUUUUCUGUUCACGGUAAAGAAGAGUGCCAUGGUCCAAAUGAAAAAGAAGCCACAAGUGUUCUUAGCCAAAAACACUAACGAGUAUGCCUGUGAUUACAGGGUGGAAGGCAGUUUCUUGCAGGAUUCCCGCACCGUUUAUGUUGGAGAGACAAACAACAUUGUUGCACGAAUGUACAAGAAGCUAAGUUUUGAAAAUCUGGUGGGAAAGGAGAGAGGCCCGGCUGAUUUUAAUUAGCUUAAAUUGUGCACCAAUUGCUAAUAAAAUAAAAUAGUGCAC